AUGGAAAAGGGUGAAGGGUUGGUGCUGAAGCCAGAUGAUCCCUACUUCAACUUCGCCGGCGGUACCAAUCGAUUCGGGGGGCUUUGCAUAAAGUUGAAAAAAGAGUACAUUGGCCGUUACGGUGACGCUGGAGACUUUGCCGUCAUUGGCGCUGGCUUUAAUGCCACCAAGGCAAAAACCUACGGCAUCGAAAACUUGAAAUGGACUCAUUUUUUUGUCGGCUGCCUGGAGAACAAGGAAGAACUUCAGAGAUGGAACACGACGCCAAAGUUUACAGUGGUCACCGUCGUGGAGCUCAAUGAGGCACAGCUGAGGACACUCAUUCGCUUUAGCAAUCCCAUACCCGUGGAGCUCGACGAGGACACCGCGGCCAACCUGACCGUCCCCAAGGGGCUGGAGACAACCACUCCCCUAUCCGUUGUCUUUCAAAACCCCCCUAUUUUUGACAUGAGGUGCUUUAGCUUCGAUCGGCCAGGAAAUAUGGGCUUUUGGACUCUACGUUUCCCGAGCGUGUCGAAGAUUCAUUCGGACCGCGACCUGUUUGAUACAGUCACCUUCACAGAGCUCCAAGAAAUGGCAAAGGAAGCAACCACAUUAUCCGAGUUGGAAGACAGCCAAGAGAAUCUUGCAUGGAUUGCUAAGCUAGAACGGGCAGAUCCGAGAGGACAGGGAGCUGAUGCGGUCAGUCAACUAACUGCCAGCACGAUGCCAACUCCGUCUCCUGCGGGCCCGCGGCAGGAUCCUUUCCGGCCAGACCUGCGAGCGUCACCGAUGGCGGUCGAGUUUCUAGGGCGAGCCUGUGACGCCCCAGGAAGGACGAUGACUCCCCUGCAAGGAUCGAACGUGUCGGCAGUGCCUCCCAUCGAUCUCAUUCCUCCGAAUUCAGCUUCAUUGCCAUCAGCAGAAGCUACAAGGAACGACGAUGCCGGCCUCCCAGAAAAACGUGCCCUUUCGCCUGGCUUUGUCGAUGCACCUCCUAGAAAGCGGCGACGAUCAAAUUCUUUCUCGGCAUGUUCUGCUGAGGUUCCGGCUCGCACACCGCUGGCAGCUAUUGAUGGUAAUUCAUCUGAGCAACCAGUCACACAGUGCACCUCAGUCUCUGCCACGCCCCAACGGCCAGGCGAACACGCAAUGUGUGCCCGUCGAGGAUUGUCAUUGGUAGAUGACAACCAUGUCGCUUCAAAGUUUGACAGCACGGAGUCUCAGCAGGCGCCAACAUCGUCUGUGGGUUCGAGAGAAAAUUCGAUCGAGAGGCCGGGCCCGAUGAACGCUGAGGAGCACAUCAAGACAGCGAGUUUGGAUCCUAGUCCGGCAAGUUCGUGUUCAUACGCUGGCAUUGGGUGCCGCCUUGCUGGGUCCGUUGUUCUUUUGUCCUCCAAACAGACCAUCAUUCAGUGUGCGGAGCCUGUCGCACUGUUGAAAGCCCACGGGGUUUUCGAUACAGCCGUGUGCGCGCACGAGUGGCUCAAAUCUCAGGAUCAAAAGAGGGCGCGUGCAAGCGAUUAUAAAGGUCGAAACAUGAUUCUCCUUGUGGAGAGCGUGGACCAAGCAUCCGAGACGAAACAGUUGCUUGAAAAACUGGAAGCGGCUCGAGCCAUACUCGUGGAGUCGGAGCAAGGGUGGAUUUCCGUUUAUGACUGGCGCUUCUUGCGGGGUCUGACCAUGUUGGAGGACAGUAGCAUUCUGAGAAAGUACUACGAUGGAUUUAGCGACCCUUCACGACGAUGGUAUUGCGGCAUGGUCUGA